UAGAACUGAAACGAUGAAAGAGCGAGUUAAGAUACAACUAUCGAGAAGAUCGGAAGGCGAAGAUGCGUUACUGGUCUGUUUUCUUUGAGCAGCGCCUCUGUAUGUAACAUCCAAAUGCGCACCGCACACGCAACAGCAGCUGAAAUCCAGCUAAGACGGUGCGGGGCAGAUUUACGAGAUCGCGUGAUCUAUUUUACACCCAAAUCCCACCAACUGCACUCUCUGAUCUGUGCAAGAUCUCAUGGGAGGUGUACAUUCUGUAAGACCUGUGUGCGUCUUUAUCCCCUGGCUUUAUGACCAAGCUUGGAAUGACUUUUCAUUUGCGUAAAACCAGUUUUACAGCCAGGCAACCCCUCCUCCCUCACCCCGUCUCUUUUUGUUUAAGCCCACUCAAAUAUUCAUUAGACUAGCACUUAUUGAUCCGGCUUUGAAACCCAACUGAUUUCAACGUAACUCAUUCAGUCAGUUUUACAUUUUGGUAUUUAUUUAUUUAUUUUUUUUACUGUACAUUUGCAUUAGUGUUAGCGUCCUGCAAAGUCUGUAGUUCGUUAUGAAGUAGAGCCACUGUUGCGCGGAGGGAGGGAAGAUCUGUGCAGUCAAACAGAAGAAGCUGGAGAGGAAGAAAAGUAGGAAACCACCGCAGUCAUGCCCCGGAGUCUCAUUCAGCACCACUCGCUGGUGGACAGCGUCUGAGCGGCAGAGUUGACGGAGAAUCAAAAGAUCUUCUCAAACAUCUAAUCCGGAGAGAUACUUGCAGGCAUCAGAUUGUGUAGAAAGAGAAAAAAAAAAAAAAAACCCGCAUUUCCCUUUCCACUUCCCACCUCUCUUUCUGUUGUUUUCCCUAUCGUAAUCUGUGGGGGUUCACGAUGCAACAUUCAAACAGCGGGGGAGUCCAGAGCUGCUGACUGGAACUGGCUGGCAAAGACGCAAGAGGAAGAGGGGGAACCAAGCGGGAAAGGAGCACACAUUGCAGAACUUCUUUCUUCUCUACUUUCAGCUCACUUCAGCCAAGGGGGCUGAAAGGAACCCAAAGUGGACGCCACUGUGACAUUCUAUCAGCUUGGCACACCAAGAAGAAAGCCAAACAUAAUUGUGUGCUCCGGGAAAAACCAGAGAAGAGAGGCAAGCUUCCCAUCUUUGUUCUUGCCUUAUGAGAGCAGUCUCUGUAGACUUUGCUUCAGCACACUCUGUACUGUUUAGUUGCUGCAUGCAUCCUCCACUCUCAGGUGCAAGCAAGGACUAAAACACAAAGAGAGAAGAAAAGAAAGUAGAUAAACAGAGCGAAACGGCAUAAUUAGAGCUACUGACUUUGUGUCAGAGCAAGAAACCAUGAGAAGAGACUUUUGAAGACAACUGCACUCUGAAAAGCAUUGCAGCUAACCUCCAGGACAUUUUUAUGUGUGUGUGGGAUAUAUGUAUGAACGCCUCUGUCAUUUUCAAAGGAAUUGAAUUUGUAUUUGAAUGCAGAUUUAGCCUUUCAUUAUGACUCUACAAGGAGGCUUUGGGACACUGUGGAACGGUUUCCACAGAAGGGUUUUCAGCUGGCUCUUACUUCUUUGUUGUUGUCGUUUGAUCACCUCAGCCGCUAAGCCCAAAAUGCCAGGCCACACACACCUCAACUCAAUACGCAUCGAUGGAGAUAUAUCUCUGGGUGGACUUUUCCCUGUCCAUGCAAGAGGGAAUGAUGGCAAAGCCUGCGGAGAGCUAAAGAAGGAGAAAGGGAUCCAUAGGCUGGAGGCCAUGUUGUUUGCCCUGGAUCGUAUUAAUAACGACAACGAGCUGCUGCCUAAUAUUACUCUGGGGGCCCGCAUCCUUGACACGUGCUCUCGGGACACCCAUGCUCUGGAACAGUCGCUGACAUUUGUCCAAGCAUUGAUUGAGAAGGACUCAACCGAUGUGAAGUGUCUCAGCGGAGGGCCACCCAUCAUCACCAAGCCAGAGAGAGUGGUUGGAGUGAUUGGUGCCUCCGCCAGCUCCGUGUCAAUCAUGGUAGCCAACAUUUUGCGGCUGUUUAAGAUCCCUCAAGUGAGUUAUGCUUCUACAGCCCCGGAACUGAGUGAUAACACACGCUAUGACUUCUUCUCCCGUGUGGUGCCCCCAGACACCUACCAGGCUCAGGCUAUGGUUGACAUCGUCAAAGCCAUGCGCUGGAAUUAUGUCUCCACUGUAGCUUCAGAGGGAAACUAUGGAGAAAGUGGCGUUGACGCAUUUAUUCAAAAAUCUAGAGAGGAUGGAGGAUUGUGCAUAUCCCAGUCAGUGAAAAUUCCACGUGAACCAAGAGUUGGAGAGUUUGACAAGAUCAUUCACCGGCUAAGUGAGAACACCAAUGCUCGAGUGGUUAUUAUCUUUGCCAAUGAGGACGACAUCAGGCGCCUACUUCAUGCAGCUAAAAGAGCCAAUCAAACAGGUCAUUUCAUCUGGGUAGGUUCCGAUAGCUGGGGUUCCAAAAGUGCUCCAAUCCUGAACCAAGAGGAAAUGGCAGAAGGUGCUGUUACCAUCCUACCAAAACGACAGUCCAUUAAAGGUUUUGAUCGGUACUUCAUCAGCCGAACAUUAGAGAACAACAGACGGAAUAUCUGGUUUGCAGAGUUUUGGGAGAACAACUUCCAGUGCAAGCUUAGUCGGCAUGCUGUGAAGAAAGGAUCUGGCAUCAAAAAGUGUACAAAUCAUGAGCGGAUUGGAAAAGAUUCAUCCUACGAACAGGAGGGGAAGGUCCAAUUCGUUAUAGAUGCUGUAUAUGCCAUGGCUCAUGCUCUCCAUAAUAUGCACAAAGACCUCUGUCCUGGAAAAGUUGGCCUCUGUCCCAAAAUGGACACCAUCAAUGGCACGCUACUGCUCAAGUAUAUUCGCAAUGUUAACUUUACAGGAAUUGCUGGCACCCCUGUGGUCUUCAAUGUAAAUGGAGACGCUCCUGGUCGCUAUGAAAUCUACCAAUACCAGAUCAGCAGCAACAACACAGGAUACAAGAUCAUUGGGCACUGGACAGAUCAGCUCCACCUCAAUACUGAUGAGAUGCAAUGGCCAGGUGGAACUCAAGAAGUCCCAUCCUCCAUCUGCAGCCAGCCAUGCCGUCCUGGGCAGCGUAAGAAGACAGUGAAGGGGAUUCCCUGUUGUUGGCACUGCGAGAGUUGUGAUGGUUAUCAGUAUCAGGCAGACACUUACACCUGCAAGAUGUGCCGAUUUGAUUUGCGGCCCAAUGAGAACCACACUGGAUGUGUUCCUAUUCCCAUUGUCAAGCUGGAGUGGAGCUCUCCUUGGGCAGUCAUUCCUGUUUUGAUUGCAGUACUGGGCAUCAUAGCCACUUUGCUAGUGGUUGCUACGUUUGUUCGCUACAAUGACACUCCCAUUGUGAAGGCAUCAGGUCGAGAACUGAGUUAUGUCCUGUUGACGGGUAUCUUUUUGUGUUAUGCCACAACUUUCCUCAUGAUCUCCACCCCGGAUGUCUUUGUAUGCUCACUGCGCAGGAUUUUUCUUGGGCUGGGCAUGAGUAUAAGCUAUGCAGCACUGCUAACCAAGACAAAUCGGAUCUACAGGAUUUUUGAGCAGGGCAAGAUGUCUGUCAGUGCUCCUCGAUUCAUCUCUCCAGCCUCUCAGUUAGUCAUCACGUUCAGCUUGAUAUCGGUGCAGCUUCUCGGAGUUUGCAUCUGGUUCGGGGUCGAUCCUUCACAAGCCAUCAUCGACUAUGAGGACCAGCGUACAUCCAAUCCUGAAAUGUCCAGAGGUGUACUAAAGUGUGACAUAUCAGAUCUGUCUCUCAUCUGUCUGCUGGGUUAUAGCAUGCUUCUGAUGGUCACCUGCACAGUUUAUGCAAUCAAAACGAGAGGAGUUCCUGAGACAUUCAACGAGGCCAAGCCCAUUGGCUUCACCAUGUACACCACCUGCAUUGUUUGGUUGGCCUUCAUCCCCAUCUUUUUUGGAACUUCACAGUCAACAGAAAAGAUGUAUAUCCAGACAACAACCCUGACAAUCUCUGUCAGCCUCAGUGCAUCGGUUUCCCUGGGAAUGCUCUACAUGCCGAAGGUCUAUGUGGUUCUCUUUCAUCCAGAGCAGAAUGUGCCCAAGCGCAAGCGCAGCCUGAAGGCCGUGGUCACUGCAGCCACCAUGUCGAACAAGUUCAACCCCAAAGGAGGCCUGAGGCCAAAUGGAGAGGCCAAGUCUGAACUCUGUGAAAGUCUGGAAACACAAGUGCUGGCCUCGAAGCAGACAUACAUAAGUUACAGCAAUCAUGCCAUCUAAGACGGAGACAAAUCCUGAGACAGGAGCAAAGGUCUGCAGGGGGAGGAAUCACCUGUUUUUAAGGGAUAACUGGAAUUUUGAUGGAGAACUUUGAUGCUUCUGCAAAACAAAGGACUGGGAAAGAUUCAUGGAAAUUACUCAUUCAAAAAAGGAUGCCAUAUUUUUCUAGGGAAUAAGGCUUGAAUGCCAGAUUAAUAUUAAAUCAGUAUAUUGCAGAAUUGAGAUGGAGGAUGUAAGAGAGCUUAAAUAGAUAGGAACUCUCCUUCUCCGGAUCUUUUUGAGACAUGAGAGAGCUGAUUAUUGACCUUUUUGAAUCACGCUGAGAAGAACACCUGGAGUUUGUAGUAUGUUUUUUUUCUUCUGGAGUGUAUAGCACAGAAAUCAUCAGUUCUCUAUAAGGUUGAACCAUAUCAUUUUUGCAAAAUAAGAGAGUAUUCUGUUGGGUUUUUUUCUCUUUUUUUUUUUUUUACUCAAACGCAGUUGACAAGAUGAACCAUUAUAGAAACGUAGUAUUUUCAUUUACAGUGGAGUUGAAAGCUGCAGUUCUCUUCAUGCUGUACAUGCCUUACUACAGCACACUCAGUAUUCCUUCAUGAACUAACCACAUGUGAAAGACAUGAAAAUAAAUCAGUGGGUCAGCCCAGUUGUCUGGUAAAAUGUUCAUACUGACAAUGAUGACAUCGUCACAAUCAUCUUGGGAAACCUCCUGUACAGUCCCAGAGCAUGCUAAUGGGAACAUCCCGUGUAACCGUGCUGUGUUUUCAGUGUCUUUGGAAUGCAACAUUGUCACAUUUGUCAUUCAGGCGAAGAUGUUAUUUUGAGCCGUUGCCUGUUCGGCAACCCUCUGCUGGACAAAAGAGCAAUCAUACACAAAAAGAGGCACAACGGCAUUGCAAUCUGAUUUUUUUAACAUCAGUCUCCACUCCAUACAUGUCAGCAGACUUGAUAAUGCAUAUUUUCAACAUAAACAAAAUGGUCCUUAUUUAUCUUGCACUGACAGAACCCGUAGAAAAGUCUUGGAAUUAUCUGAUAGUUCAGAUUUUACCUCAGCCAACACUCAUUGUUCUUGACAGAACCGGGUUAUUAGGAUGGAGUCUAUUCCUCUUUGUGUUUCUUCCGAUGUUGAAGACGCAGUGCAGAAUUUUGCCCUGCUUUUAGAAAUAUUAAUUCACUCUUAUCUCAGUGAAACAGAAAUAGUACAUUAUAGACAGCCAACAGUAUUUGCACCUAAAUGCAGGGUUUAACAAAAUGGUUGGUUCGUAAUGAUAAGAAAACUCAACAUAUCAGUGUUUUGCACAUGUUUUAAAAUGUAAACCUAACGAUGGGUAAUAAGCAGGAGACUGAAUACAUAGGGCAUCAUUAAAUAGUUUGCAGUUUUUGUUUUGUCACAUUAUUUUUGGUGUCUUUCUUGUUUUUGAUAUCAUCUGUGAUCAGUGAGGUCUUCAUUAGCAUUUCUAGAGGCAAGUAUGGUUUACAUAAGCUGGAAAAUUUAGAGUAAUUGAGAUCUUUCAUCCAGAAAAAUGAGAAUGUUAAAGUAGACUAGUAAAGAAGUUGGUGAUGGACAAUUUUCCUUUCAGCUGGUUCAGGUUGUUCGGACAGAAAACAAACUGGCUCAGUUUUCAUAGCCUCCUUUUCUUAAACUAAAGAUGAACCAGGAUGAGGAAAACAUCCUUUCAUCAAGCACAAUCUUGCUGCUUGCAAAAGUUUACAUACACAUUGAACUUUUCCAAAUUGUAUCAUGUUAUCAUGAUUUUUAUGUAAUAGUUUUAAACCAACAGAAAAAAGUGCAUAUUUGUUAAUAGAAUAAAAAUUAAAUGUGCUUUUCUAAUUAUUUUUACAAACACAAAAUAUAGUCAAUGCCUUUUAGAACUCUGGGUCUUUUUCUGCCAUGUGUCGCAACCAGAUGUGCACAUCUUUUAUGUAAAUACACUGAUUAUUCUUUGCAAAAUGCAGAACUUCAAAUUCUGUUGUAUUUCAUGGAAAGUGUCUGUGAACAUAAAUAUUCAAGUCUGAAGACUCUCUGUCCCAGUUCCAAGUCUCUUCCAGAUUUUUUUUUUCUAGGUUUUGUCUUGCAUUGAGCUCCAUCCUCUCUCCCCUUCGAUGAUUUCCUUAAGAAGGCAUCCCUGUAGCAUGGUGCUGCAAUCACUGUUUCAUGGUGGAUAUCGUGAGAUAUAUAGAUCAGAAAGUUCACAUCUGUGUGCUAAAACUUAAUAACACACAAGGGGAAUCAAUUUAAUAAUUAGAUUACUUGUGAAGACACUCGCUUCACAAUGUUCUAUUUAAGGAUGUCAGAAUAAAAGGCAGCUCGUUGUAAAUGUAAAAAAUUAAGUAAAGGAAAAAGUCUGAUUCCCCUAAUUAAAUGUCACUCUUAGUUGCCAUCUGUGACCUAUACUCAAACAGGAAUUCUUGCAAGAAUGAGAACAGCAAGGAGACAUAUGUGAUAAGCUUAGUGCCCUUUCAGUAUGAUCUGCUCUAACUAGACAGAGUGACUAUCUGACUAUGCAAGUCUUAUCACUGAUGUUUGUCACAGAAGGUCUGGAACCAGCAUUUCUGGCUCAGCAUUGUAACUCUUAAUUGGGAGGACCUAACCUUCAGUGUAGAGAAACUGCCCAUCUUUAUCUCUAGACCCUCCCAAAUCUGUGUGAAAAUACAAUGAAUCUCCCAAAAGUCCAACCAACAACUGCAAGAGGAAAAGUGAAUAGACUUUUGUUUCAGGUUAUACAAACAAUUAAGGAGAAAAUGUCUAAAUUUCAUCUAACACUCGUUUUAAUUUAACUGAGCAAAUAGAUAUGAGCCUUUAGUUUGGAUAGUUUCUGCAUGGACAAUUGUCUUACAGCAGGUAACAAGUUGUUUCAUCCCAGCUGAUGUAAUGAGAAGCUUCUCAUUUCUAACAACAACUAUGUGGAAAGACAUCCUGUGGAAAGGUUAUUAGUCUAUACAAUAUCUAAAGAAACUGCAUAAGGUAAUAAUUUUAAUUUUUACACGUAGACCUGCCUCCACAAAGACCAAACCUUAACACCAUUGAGAAUCUUUGUGAAGUUCUGGAGAAGGCGUUGCACACACACCACAUCUUUUGAAUUUGUUUGGUGUAAAAACAUACAUUCCUUUUUCUUUUACUUCACAAUUAUAUGUUCAUGUUGGUCCAUCAGAUAAAGCUCAGUAAAAUAUAUUAGAAUUUUUGGUUGCAACAUGCCAAAAUGUGAUAAAGUUAAAGGUAUGUAAAUGUUUGCAAGACAAAGUAGAUGCAAUAAUAGCAGCCUGCCUGUGUUGUAUUAUAGAAUCCACCAGAGUCCUGGGGUCUCUAAUAUGCAUUUGAGAGCUAUUUUUAUGCCUUUCUGCCAUCUGGCAAUCACAAAUAAAUAAAACAUACUAAUAAUAGUUUCAGUUUAAAUGUUAUUUCUGCUUGAUAAAUAAGGGCCAGUGCCUUCAUCCUGUGCCUCCUGCCAACUACUUCUGCCAUUCUAUUUUUCACUGUUGUGUUCAGUGUGUUCUGUUCAAGCAUAAUUCAGAACUGAACGUGUACAAUUUAUAGUUAUGUGCAAACUGCAUUCCUGUCUUCAGUCUGAAGUAUUGGUCAUAAAUAGUAAAUCUGGAAUUUGUUUCAUUAAAUGUUAUCCUCAGCAAUGCAAAAGUCUGUAUGUUGCAUGUCAGAACUCAUAUGUCACAAGAACAGUUUGAGAGAAGAGCAUAGUGUUCAACAGGAAAACUGCUGCAGGUGGUUAUAAAAAACUAAGAAUUUCAAUAACUGAUUUACUCAGCUUCAACAAGUCUACAAUAAUGCAGCAAUGGUUUUCUCAUUAUUUGAUUGAGUAUUGUUUGUGGGAUUGUUUGUGUUUGUGAAUAUCAAUAAUUUACUGUUUUUUGCCACAGAUCCUUUUUUCUACAACACGGUGCGUGUUGCAAAAAUAGAAUAUGUAAGUGCUGAUUGAAGUUAAAUGGUAAGUUAAUGUAUGUUAUUAAAAUGGAUUGAUCAUGUCUGCUUUAUGUACUGACAUAUUAAAAAAUAUUAAAAAGUUACAGUGCCUGAAUAUUUAUGAAUUAUCUAUAUGAAAAGAAAAAUCUAAAUGUG